AUUAUAAGUCGAUAUUUUAUCGUCACACUGCAAAGCAUCGCGUUUUAACGUGCAAAGGUUAAAUAACAAAAUUUGACACUUACACAUUCUAAUACACGUAUAUUUCGACUUGAAAGACUUUAAAAGUAUUUUAGAUUGUUUUGAGGGAUAAAAACUAUUUAUUCAUUCGACUUAUUUGUAAGCAUUUAUUUCGUCAAGCUAUUAAAGCUACAAGCUAUUAAAAAUGGCAAAAAGAAACGAAGAGCCGAAGGAAAAGAAGAUGAAAACUAUACCGCCAAUGAUAAAUUUUUUGCUAGGUGGCCUUUCCGGAAUGGCGGGCACUUGUGUGGUUCACCCGAUGGACGUGAUCAAAAAUAGAAUGCAAGUGCUCAAAGGGCGUGCAUCGAUCUUGGAAAUAAUUGGCGCCGUAUAUAGCAAAGAAGGCAUUUUUGCAUUUUACAACGGCUUAUCAGCCGGUCUCGUUAGACAAGCGACGUACACGACCGUGCGACUCGGGACUUAUAAUCAGCUGCAAGAAUUUUGGAGAGAAAAAUACACUGGCCGUCCCAGAUUCGCGGUUCUGGCGUUUAUGGCUGGGACCGCCGGUGCCGUGGGGGCUUUCGUUGGAACGCCCGCCGACGUUGCUCUCGUGAGAAUGACAAUAGAUGGCAGAUUACCAGUGGAGCAGCGAAGAAAUUACAAGAACGUAUUCGACGCCUUCAUCAGAAUUGUCAGAGAAGAAGGAACAUUCACUCUUUGGAGAGGAAGUGUAGCCACAGUAGGCAGGGCCAUUAUCGUUAACAUUUCGCAACUGGCUACUUACAGUCAAGCAAAGCAUUUGAUUACAUCACGAACGAAUAUUAAAGAAGGCGUAGCUUUGCACUUUUGUGCAUCUAUGAUGUCGGGAUUUAUCACUGCCUUCAACUCCAUGCCUUUUGACAUUGCCAAGACCAGAAUACAAAAUAUGAAGACCACUGAGAAACUUCCCGGUAUGAUCUCAGUUAUGAUGUCAAUAGCGAAAAAUGAGGGAAUAAAGUAUCUUUGGAAAGGUUUCUGGCCAACUUAUUGUAGGAUCGGUCCACACACCGUACUGACCCUUGUUAUCAACGAACAACUGAUGCGCUUAUACAGAAAAUAUUUCCAGUAAUAAUAAAAAAAUUAUUCAAAUCCAAAA